CUACAUAAUAUAAAAAUGUACAUUUAAAGUAUAAAAUAAAUUACAAAGGAAAAAAUAUUGUGAAUCAUUCUCACAUGUAUAGAAAAUUAUGUUACAUUACAACAGUGUAUCAAUAUUAUAAGCAUAAUUACGAGUAAAAACAACAUAAUAAAUCAUCUCACGGGCAAAUAUCUCUACUGUACGAGCUUCAGUUAAACAAACCGUAGAUAAGAUAGCGGAGAGUCGGAUGGAGUAGUCUCUCAGUCACAUUCGAGCUAUGGACAACUUUGGAUAUCGCGAGAUAGUCUGGGAUACACCAUCCCAUAGUACACGCACCUCCAUUCGGAGUCGAUAUCUACGUAGUGUGAGUUCACGUGCUACAGAAGAAUUCCCACUAAAUGUAACGUUACCCAAGCAUGUGCGAAACAUUGACCUACUGGAAACCGCCCGUGACCUUGGAGCAGCGAAGGAAUAUUUAUUUGUCGGACCCUCACCCCCCGCUGAGGACGCUCCAGAUACAUACCAUAGCUUUGAUUUCGUCCCUCCCGAUACUGAGGCGAGAGUUACACAUGAAUCAAUCCGAAGAGGAAUAUGUGAAAAGGCGCUUUCAUUGGGUGCUGGGCGAUUAUUUGAUGAUAUAGAGUGCGGGUUGGUCACAACAGAAAAUAUACAAGAACAUAUCGCUUCUGCCCCAGAAGCAAUCAUUAAUUUAGCUUUACUGUGGAUAGCAUUUUUAGCACGUGACGACUUGCUGCCGGCUAUUUUGGAUGCUGGUGCUGAAAUUCAAUUCUCUGAGCCUAUUGGUUUAGCAGCUUUACACUUAACGUCAUUCGCAGCUGGAAAAGAUGCGGUUCUUUAUUUACUAUCUCGAGGUGCUGAUGUUAAUUUUACUCCGAAAUACUUUGCUCCUUUACACUGUGCAGCAUUUGGAAAUUGUGUGGAAGUUGCCGAUAUAUUAAUAUCCAAUGGCGCCUCUUUACAUGCAGUUGUUCAGAGAGCAGGCUGUGAAGACAAUCUUGUUCACUGUGCAGUGAGAUCUGAUGCCGUAGAAUGUAUGGAUUUUUUUAUAGAAAAGGGUGUAGAUCCAAGUUAUGUUACUUCUGGAGGUAAAAAUGCUUUACAUAUUGCUGCAGAACUUGGAGCUCAACGAUGUUUAAGUUAUUUAUUGAAGGAAACCAAGAUAAAUGUAAAUGGAUUAACUAAACAAAGAGACAGGGAAUGCACUGCUUUACAUUUAGCUGCUGCACGAGGAUAUUCUGAAUGUGUGGAAUUAUUACUAGCUGAAGGCGCAAAAGCAAAUACAUUAAAUCACAAGGGCUCUACUGCACUCCAUUUAGCUGCCAGAUGUUCUAGUGUAGAAUGUAUUGAAGCUCUCCUGAGAGACGGCAAUGCUGAUCCCAAUGUUGAAGAUUCAGACAAGAGAACACCAUUGCAUGCUGCUGUUAAUCAUUCGGAGCGUGCCUGUGAUAUCAUAGAUAUGUUGGUUAGUUGUGGAGCACAGAUAAAUAAAAAAGAUGUUUAUGGGUAUUCUCCUUUACAUCUUGCUGCGAUAGAUGGUGUAACUCAAUGUGUUGAAAUUCUACUUUUUAUAGGAGCUGACGUUACCUCUAAAUCAAAUAAAGGCCAUACUGCUUUAAGCGUAAUUGCUCGAAAAUCUCCUAAAUCUUUAUCAAUUUUACGAGAUAAUUUGGACAAUGGUAUUUCUAUUACUCCGCAGACAGAAGCCAAUGAGGAAGUACAAAUUGAGUUUGAUUUUGGUAAACUCCUUAAGUUUUCAUAUCCUCGCGAAAUUACGUAUUUAAAUAUUUUAAUUGAUGAAGGUCAAAAGAAUAUUUUGCAGCAUCCUUUGUGCUCAGCAUUUUUGUACAUGAAAUGGCGAAAAAUAAGAAAGUUUUAUUUAGCAAGACUAAUUUUUUGUUUUCUAUUUGUAUCAUUUUUAUCUAUCUAUGUUCUAACAACAGUUGUAAAGGCCUGUAAUGGAAAAUAUUCAAAGAAGUAUGGAGUACCGAAUGAGCUUUGUCAGAAGCAAUCUUUACUUGGAGCUAUGUUAGAUAAUAAUCCUAUUAAAUUUGAGAGAUGGGUGCUUAUGGGAAUUACAGCAUUUGAGAUCGUUCGCAAACUAACUGGCAUAACUGGUUACUCGAGUAUUUUUCAGUAUUUUACUACAUUUGAGAAUUUAAUGGAAUGGUUUGUUCUACUUUCUGUAUUUUCAUUAUACAAUAUAAAUGACGAUUACAGUUGGCAAAAUCAUGUCGGUGGAUAUGCAGUGCUUGGUGCUUGGACAAAUUUGAUGCUGUUGAUGGGACAACUUCCAAUGUUCGGUGACUAUGUGGCUAUGUACCAAAAGGUAUUAGCAGAAUUUCUAAAAUUACUCUUGGCUUACAUUUGUCUCUUGCUAGGUUUUAGUAUCUGUUUUUGUGUAGUAUUUCCGAAUGAGGAAAUGUUUUCUAAUCCUUUAAUGGGUUUUAUUACUAUAGUUUCAAUGAUGGUGGGCGAAUUGAACUUAAGUAUACUAAUUAACGAUCCACUUCAGGACGACCCACCGCUGCACUUUGAGAUAUCAUCGCAAAUUAUUUUUAUCCUUUUUCUCAUGUUUGUCACUAUUAUCUUGAUGAAUUUGCUUGUCGGUAUUGCGGUUCAUGAUAUCCAAGGUCUCAGGAAAACUGCCGGAUUAUCUAGGCUAGUCAGGCAAACUAAACUUAUAUUGUUCGUUGAAAUGGGAAUGUUUAGCGCUCUCUUGCCUAAUUGUUUACAUAAAUACGUAUACAGAACGGCCCUGGUGUCUCCAGAGGCUGGAAAAGUAAUAUUGAGCGUGAAACCAUUGAACCCCCGUGAGAAUAGACUGCCAACAGACAUAAUGAUGGCUGCAUAUGAACUGGCGCAAUUGAACAAAGUAAAAUUCUGUGGAUCUGUGAAGGAAGUUUUACACAAAAAUAGAUAUAACUCAUCAAAAUAUAAGAAUGAAUCACAGACUGCAGAUCACAACAUGAAUAUAGAAUUGAGAGGAAUGCAAGAGAAAAUAGAUCAGACGACGUUUAAUUUGAAGAAAAUAGAUCAGGAGAUAAGACAUUUAAAUACACUAUUAAUGGAACAGCAACAGUUACUGCAGAAUAUGUUCAAAUAUUUAGAUUUGGGACACCGCUCCGGUCAUGUGACGACUCCCUACAAUGCUGAGUCGCCUGUGUUUUUUACGAACAAUAAUUUAGAUGUUCCUAAAUAUCAGUGAUAUUUUUAUCGUGUACUUAUAGUUAUAGGUAAUAGCUUGAGUAUUCUUAUAAUAACAUCAGGGUAUUUUUAUAAUUUAGACAAGUGACAAAAUAUUUGCCUAAAUAUCUGCGUCAUAGAUUUAAUCUAAGAUAAAUAAUGAAUGUUACAGAUAAUAAAAGAAAUUUGAUGAUACUUUUAUACUUAUUACUUAAUUAUUAUCUUGUGUAAAUAUACAUUUGUUACAAUUUU